AUGCCAUCAUGCCUCAACGGGAGAGCAAGUUCUGAGCCACUUGGAGGCAAGAGUAAAACCCCGCCCACUCCUUCCGAAAGCCGGAAGCUGCCGUUGCUAAGGGCCCGGGUUCCGGCUAGAGAACGCGGGCCCUUAGCAACGGGCAAUUUCCUCGCUGCGGAGCUGCUGCCCAGCGUGGGGGAGCGAGCUGCGGGCAUGGCAGCCCGACAGAGUCCGGAGCCCUCCAUGUGCAGGCACAGGCCCGCCUCGGAGCUGACCCAGGCAAAGGUAGUCCCCCUUGCAAGUACCUGCAAGUACCGGAGCACAGCUGACCCAUGGGGUUCUGAAUGGGUCGGGGCUUCCUACCGUUCUGUUUUGGUGGUUUUGACUCAGUGCUGCAACGCUAUCGGGCAGAUGGUCUUGGCCGGGUUGGCUUACGGCAUUCGGGAAUGGAGGCUCUACCAGUCUGUUGGGUCUGCGCCAGUGUUUUGUCUCUUUUUUUAUAUAUGGGGCCUUCCCAGUUCUGCUCGAUGGCUUUUGACAAGAGGGAAGGUCGUGGAAGCAAGAAAGGAGAUUCAAAAAGCAGCGUUGAUGAACAAACGAAGCGUCCCAGAAGUCUUGCUCGACAAGCUGACUUCACAAAGGGAUGGCAAAUCUGGAAGAAUGCUGGAUUUUUUAAAGAAGCCGCAUCUAAGAAAAAUUAUUUUGAUUAUGGCCUGGGUCUGGUUUGUGGACAGUUUUGUUUACUAUGGAGUCAGCCUUCACGUUGGCAACUUCGGCUUGGACAUCUACAUGACCCAGUUGGUGUUCGGAGUUGUUGAAAUACCAGCGCGCUUGUCCUGUAUCUUCCUGCUCCAUCGGCUGGGGCGAAAGAAAUGCCAGGCGGCUUGGUUCCUACUUGGUGGAGCUGUAUGUCUGAUCAUCCCUGCAAUUCCAAAAACCUUACCCGUCAUCGUGACUGUGCUGGCUGUUACCGCCAAGGCAGCUCUUGCGGCUUCCUUUUCAACCACCUAUGUGUUUUCUACAGAGGUGUUUCCCACAGUUCUCAGGCAGACCUGUUUAGGUUGGUGCUCCAUAUCUUCCAGAAUAGGCGGCAUCCUCGCGCCAUUGGUCAGCCUUUUGGAUGAGAUCCACCCUGCAAUUUCGAUGGCGCUCUUUGGGAGCUCGGCAUUGGUCGGGGGAAUCCUCUGCUUCUUUCUUCCCGAGACGCGGAACAGAGAUCUUCCGGAUGACACAACCAUGCCUCCAUCAAAGCAUCCGUGA